UUCUCUCCAUCUCUCAGUCUCUCUCUCCAUCUCUCAGUCUCUCUCUCUAUCUGUCCCUCUCUCUAUCUCUCUAUCUGUGGUAAUCGCCGGUCCUCCUCGCCCGCACGGGUCCAUUUUAACCCGGACUAUCAGAGCAGCAGCAGCAGCAGAAGAGGCGGGAAGCUCGCGCCGUCACAGCAGCAGCAGCUCGCGCCAUCAUCUGAGCCUUGAGCGUCGCACGCAGAGACCGCCUCCAUCUUCUUCUUGUCCUCCUUCUCCUCCGGUUGUUCCUCCGGUCCGCCACCAUGUCCGGGACCAAGGACGAGGAGCGGAAAGGCUCGAGCAGCGAGUGGAGGGACGCUUUCUGGAACCCGCGGACCCACGAGCUCCUGGGCCGGACCGCGUCCAGCUGGGGGCUGAUCCUGCUGUUCUACCUGGUGUUCUACCUGUUCCUGGCGGGGAUGUUUGUUCUGACGAUGUACAUCAUGCUGCUCACGCUGGACGACUACAAGCCCACCUGGCAGGACCGCCUCAGUACCCCAGGGAUGAUGAUUCGUCCAAAAGGAGAUCAGCUGGAGAUCAGGUUCUCCGUGUCAGAGACAGAGAGCUGGGACGGCUUCAUCCAGAACCUCAACACCUUCCUGUCCCCGUAUAACGACAGUUAUCAGGUUCAGAUGAAUGAUAACUGUGCUCCAGAUCAAUUCUUCAUUCAAGAGGACAGUGGCGAGGUCAGGAAUAACCCAAAGCGUUCUUGUCAGUUUAACCGCACCAUGUUGGAGGAGUGCUCUGGGAUUUCGGACCGUUUCUAUGGUUACAGCAGAGGUCAGCCCUGUGUCCUCAUCAAACUCAACCGGGUGAUCGGCAUGUUGCCGGGGAAGGACGGUCAAUCUCCUUAUGUCACCUGUGGAGCCAAG